UAUUGAAGGAAAGCAGUACCAGUCCUAUUCCACGUGUCCUAAAUUACCUCCUGGUCCAUAUUAUACUCCAUAUGAAAUAAAGAGUAGCUUCAGAUCUAACAAAAAUGACAUGAUUGAGGAACCAGGAACUUGUAUGGGAUCCAGAAUAACCUCCAAAAUAACAUCUUGGAAUCCGUACUCGGAACAACCUUUGGUUAAAAAUGACAUCAUCGAAAAGUGGGGACAAAUGUCGUAUAGAGAUGUUUUACACUGUCAUGGAGGAAACUACAAUCUUCGACCAAAAACCUAACAAACGUGAAGCAACUUGGACAACUAGCCGUCAUCAUGAACUGUCACGAUUGUCAUUCGCUUACCACAAAAUGGAAUAUUUGAACAUUUUGAUAAGAUUGUCACAAAAUUUUGCGGUUUACGUGAUCCUGAGACUCCUAUUCAACUUCCUUUGGCCUCAACUACGCACUGUGACAAAUUUGGUGAUGAAAAAAAUCGCCAGUAAGUGAACUUAUUUAUGAGAGUCCAAAUUGUAAGUGCGAAAUACAGAUACAAUGACUGUAGAUAAGGAUACUUUUCUCACCAGUAACAGGAGGGACUACAAAUGGCCUUAUCCCAAACCAAUAGUUUCCAGGCCGUCUCAACCACCCAUCCGAACCAAAGUGAAGAACUUCUACGUAGCCAGGCUUGUUGAACCUUACUGCCAUUGCGAUGCUCAUCUUUAUGAACCGGAGAUGGGAAGGUACAAAAAACUCGCCCAAAAAGAGUCCAGCCUUUACCAGCAACUUGAUGAACUUAGCAAAAAGAUGGCAAUAUUAUCUAGUGAUAUUCUAGAUCAUCCAUGUGAUAAUGAUGAUGAAAAAAUGGAAACCAUUUACCAAACGGAUUACAAAAAGAAAGGAUUACCAUUGGCGAAGUACAGAAAACUCUCAGCUGCGAUAGAUUCUCCUGUAGGCAUUCCUGUCAAAGGGGAGGUUAUUGGACUAGGACGUGGUUACAGAGACCCGACCAAAUUUAGACAGAGUACUUUCUUGAAGCCAAAUAUAGAUGUUUGCCCGCAAGUAACGUUCACAAGAACUCCUACCCUUGUAGACGAGUGGUUCAUGCCUAGGACAGGAGAAAGCGAAUACCACGAUGCAUUUAGCCGAGUAGGAAUGAACAUCAUAAAAAGUCGACAGCAGUAUACCGAACCCUUACCAUCUUCCAGACGAAGAGCUGAUGAUCCUUGUUCUUAGCAAAUGUAUCUUGUUUCCAUUGAAGUGAAUCAAAUGACCUGUUCACAUAUUUUCACAGUAAAAGUCAACAAACUUUGUUAUCCAAUAAAAAAAUGUCGAAUCAACAAAUCUGUUGUAAGUUCGAGUUUCUUUACGAUGACAACAAAAAUAUUCAUUACGACAGUAUCAAUAGUUGCAAAACGUUUGCGAAAUGAAGCAAGUCAGUAGUAUUAUUCUCAUGAGUUUAUUUUUGGAGAUUACUGCACUUUUUGAUAACG